AUGGGGAAACUCAGGUUGAGCUCGUUCUUCCACUCCAACUCCCCGUCGAGCGCCGAUGCGGAGACCAAGAAGCAGAACCGGCGCUCCUUCUCUGCUCUCUCUGCCUCGCUCCGUCACAAGGACGCCGAGGAAAACGGGGCGGCGGCGCAGGCCUCCAAACCCGAGACAGCGUCACAGCAGUCGACGUCUCGGAUGGUGGCCCUGGCCCGAAGCAUCACUGCCGAGACGGAGAAGCUCGAGGCGUACAUGAAGGCCAACGACCUGCCGAUGCCCAGUUUUGACGUUGACGCCCCUGCCGACUUCCCCCGCCUGCCGGAGGACAUCCAGCGGAGCAGGCAGGAGAUCAUCUAUGCGACCAAGGAGCUGGGCAGGCUAGCUCACGGUCCUCGCGAGUCUGUGAGGUGGGGUGUCUGGGAGUUUCUGGAUGUCCUGGCGCUUACUGCGGUCAACCACUAUGGACUCGGCAAGUCUUCGGGCGCCCCCGUAUCUCACUUGUUGUCGAAACUGGUCCCCGUCGAUUCGACAGUCACCCUCGCCGAGCUGCAGACCAAGACCACGCUGGAUCCCAUCAACCUCGCCCGCCUCCUCCGCAUGGCCAUGACCAACGGCAUCUUCCGAGAACCCAGCCCGGGCGUGAUUGCCCACACGGCGGCCUCCCGGGUCCUGGCCGAAGACGAAGACAUGAAUGCCUGGGUUGGCUUCAACGGCGAGGACAUUCUCCGCGCCUCGGGCCACGUCUUGCAGGCCCUCGAGGCGCAUCCGGAAGCAACGUCGCUCACUCGCGCCGGCUUCCAGUUCGCCUUCGACACUGUCGACAAGGAGCCCAUGUUCGCCACCUUUGGCAAGGACCCGGAACGAGCCCGGCGCAUGGGCCGGGCCAUGGCCAGCCUGACGGGCGGCGAAGGGUACGAGCCCUCGUACUUUGUCGACGUCGAGAAGGGCGGCUACGACUUCAGCGACAUCGACGCGGCCGGCGGCACCUUCGUCGACAUCGGCGGCUCGCACGGCUUCAUGUGUGUCGACCUGGCCAGCCGCUACAAGAACAUGAAGUUUGUCGUGCAGGAUCUCCAGAAGACGGUCGACAGCGCGCCGAAGCCCAUCAGCCCGGACCCGCAGGUCGCCGAACGCAUCACCCUGCUCGCGCACGACUUCUUUACCGAGCAGGUCACCAAGGGCGCAGACGUCUACUUCUUCCGCUGGGUCAUCCACAACUACUCAAACCCCUACGCGAUCCGUAUUCUCAAGAACCUGAUCCCUGCCCUGAAGCCUGGCGCCCGCAUCAUCAUCAACGACCACUGCCUCCGCGAGCCGGGGCAAGAGAACCCCUGGGACGAGCGGGUCAUGCGGCGCAUGGACGUGGUCAUGCUUGCCCUGCUGAACGCCCAGGAGCGUACCGAGGCUGAAUUCCGGGCGUUGUUUGCCGCCGCCGAUGAGCGGUUUGUUUUCAAGGGUGUCCGGAGACCCAAGGGUUGCCGGAUGAGCAUCGUCGAGGCUGUUUGGGAACCUGAGAAGGUCGGGAAAGCGGACGAGGGUGCUGCCGCACCGGCGGUCGCCGAGCCCGACGCAACCGAGGUGAAGCCCGCUACCUUGGGGGAGCCCACGAGCGACGAAGCGAAGUAGGCGCGGUGUUCGAGUUGUGGUGUGAUGGACGUUGGCUUCUUCGUUUUUCACAAUUUCGAUACCCUUGCUUUUGUACUUGGUAUGUAACAAAUACGGCGGCAUCGACUUCGUACCUUAUUGUCAGUUGGUACAUACAGACAUACCUGCAUACUUGAUGAAUAUGACUAAUAGUCAUGAUACUUCAUUUCGAUCAUAUCAUAUUCCGAGCACUACUGUUAUAUAACCCCUAGUCUCAACGGGAGUGCUGGCAAGAACCUCUAUCGGAUAGCAACAGUUAUCAAUGGCCAAGCAGCUCUGACCAAAACCAGAUCACAAACGGGGCCAGGAGGCACUGGUGGCCAUGAUGAAGUGCACUAUGGCCUCUGUCAUGUGGUCCCUUGUCAGUGGCUUCUCCGGUU